AAUGCAUUAUGUCGCCAAAUUUCGCUGUGCCCUCAGCCCACGUAAGAAGCUUUGUCCGGGUCAAGAUGAAUUCCCAUCAGAAUUCUUUAUCGUGUCAAUGUAAUGAACAGCAUAAGUCGGGCAGGAUGGAGGCAGGCAGUCACUCCCGAGUUAUAAUUCACAUUGAUAUGGACUGCUUCUACGCCCAAGUUGAAGAGAGAAGAGAUCCAGCUUUAGCAGGGCGUCCAUUAGGUGUCAAACAAAAAAAUAUAGUUGUCACAUGCAAUUAUGAAGCUCGAGCUGCAGGAGUUAAAAAAUGCAUGAUGGUGGAGGAUGCCAUGCGUAUUUGUCCUGGAAUGACGCUUGUCAUUGGUGAAGACUUGGCACCUUACAGACAUGCCUCUGCGCAGGUGACCUCUCUCCUCCAACAGUUCAGUCCGUUGGUAGAACGACUGGGUCUUGAUGAAAACUUCAUUGAUGUCACUCAACUAGUUAACAAGCGAAUAGAUCAACAUAAAUUAUGUCACAGUACUAGCUCAGAAGCCUCUAAUGCUAUGGACAGUGAUGAUACUGCUGAACCUAAUGUUUAUAAUGAUGACUAUGGCUCUUGUUGCUGUGGUUGUCGGGCUCGUCUCAUUGAAGGUUCUCGCAUCGCUAAGGAAGUGCGUGAGCAAAUUAGAAGUGAAUUACAACUAACUUGCUGUGCUGGUGUUGCACACAACAAGUUGCUGGCAAAGUUGGUUGGUAGUACUCACAAACCAAAUCAACAGACAGUAGUAUUUCCUGGAGCAGCUGUGCGUGCUCUUCUUGGCAGUUUGCCAAAUGUACGGUCCCUCCCUGGUGUGGGCAGUCGCACUGCUGACAUUUUAAAUGAGUUAGGUAUAAAGAGUAUUCCAGAACUGCAGGCUCACCCAUUGCCAGCAUUAAAGGGAGCAUUAGGAUGUGAUGCAGCACUUCGGCUGAAAAAUAAUAGCUUAGGUGUUGAUGAUUCAGAAGUGAAACCGUCUGGCAAACCUCUAUCUAUUGGUAUUGAAGAUGGCUUCCGACGAGUAAGCAUGCAAAGUGAAGUUCGUGAAAAGCUUAGCACACUGCUCACUAGACUUCUGAAGCUUGUUGAAGAAGAUGGCAGGGCUCCUACAACAAUCAAAGUAACUGUUCGCAAACUAGAUCGAACCAAAGGCACAACUCACCGAGAAAGCCGUCAAAGUAAUGUAUCAAGCCUUCAACAGGACAGGCUCAUGAAUACUGUGAUGAUGUUGUUCAACAGAAUAGUAGAUAUCAAUCAACCUUUCCAUCUUACUCUUCUGGGCCUUGCAUUUACUAAGUUUCGGGCACGAGGCGUUGGUAGAGGAUCAGUCGCCAGUUUUUUAGUGAGAGAUCGAGAUCUAUCAGUUCAAACUUUGACCAGCUUAGAGGGUGAAGGAAGUGGUAUUUGUACUCCAAGACUUCCACCACCUCUCACACCAAAUGAGUCAGGCUCAGAAUCUGAACCAGAAUUGGAGCCCUCACCUAAGAAGAAUAGAGGAGAUAGUUGGCGUGGUAGGGAUCUCAUGUCUCCAAGUAAACUGAGAGUAUCUGAAAUGUGUCUAGCAUCACGCUCUCCUCGGUCAUCUAUCGAUGAGUCAAUUCUUAAAGAGCUACCCCCUGAUAUAAGGAUGGAGAUAUUGGAAACUUAUGGGUCUGACACAAGUGAGUCUACUGAUUGUUCAAUGGAUUGUGUCAGUGAUUCUGACAGGUCUCCAAGAAUCAGGAGUAGUCCUGUUCAGAUACUAGAUGCUAGGCCCCUUCCAAAGUUUGUGGAGAAAAUGGUGGAUAAGCCUUCUGAGCGACCUGCUGACAGGAACAAGGCUCCUGAGAAGACAGCGCAACCUUCAUCUACAAGUGGAGGAGUCGCCUGCGGAACAACAGAGCAGUGUUCACCGAAUGCUCCUUUGCCAAGAGAGUUGCCAAGUGAUGUAGACCCUGCUGUCUUUCAACAACUGCCUGAAAAUGUUCAAGCUGACCUCCUCCGGUCAUGGCGACUUGAGAAGUGGCAUCCAAGUAAGCCUAAGCAGAAUUCCAUUCUUCAGUACAUGGUGGCCAAUUCUGAAUAGGAAAGAUUAUCAACUCUUUUUUAAAACUUUGUGCAUUUUGAAGAAACCAGGACCAUUUCUUUUGUGAUGUAUUGUUUUAAUGUUUGACCUUGAAUAUUAAUGUGUGAUAAAAUCGACUAUUAGGUUCUGAACAGUUUUAUACCUUCAAUGUUUCCAUAUAGUUAUUUUGUCUCUAAUGCCUUUCAUUUUUAAUGCAGUGUCUUCUUAAUAUACUAUAAUUGUGUCCUAUGCCCAUUUUAGUUAUAGGUGUUAUCGGAGUCAUUGAGUAUUCUUGAGGUCCUACGCUAUCAUCAUACCUUUAUGUGAAAAUUUAUCCAUUUAAACAUUGGUUUCAAAUUUGAAAAAGGAGCAGUUUUUAGUUUUUGUUUUUCUGCUUGGGAGGGGCAGGAAGGUUGAACUUUUGGUUUGUAUUUAUUACUAUUGGAACAGCUAUAAACCUGACCUGGUCUAAUUGUCCACUUUCCAUACUAAUAAAUUGUGUUAAGGCACCAAUUUCAUGAG